CACCCGCCCCCUCCCGGCCCAGUCUGCGGAGGCGCGCCUUCCUGCUCGCCCCGAGUUCGGGGGCUGCUGCUGCGGGAGCGUUCCGCCUCGCCCCGGAGGCCCCCAGGCGUGGAGCUGCGAAGCCAUCGGCAGCGUCUGGCGCUUCUGAGCUCUGGUGGGCGAGGACCUGCGGGUUUCCUCCAACUGGGGAGGACGCAGAGCGGAGGCGGAGGCCGAGGCAGUUUUCAGGCCUUAGGCCCGGUGGGCCGGGGCGGGGGAGACGCGCCCAGCAUUCGCCAACCGGGGCGCGUGCGGUCCUCUUGGGACCUCGCCGGCGACCCGUAGCUCGGGCACGCGCCUGUCGCAGCCCGCAGGAAGGAGGGGUCCGGCCUGAGGCCCGGGGCGGCGGCCGCCAUGGAGAUCCCCUCGGCCCAUGGCCGACGCCUGGGGCCUCGGAGGCGGCCCUGACCGCCCUCCUCCCUGCUGGGGCCGGAUCGCGGACGUGCCCCCUGCGGCAUUCGGCCACCUCUGCGUCUCCGCCCUCCCCGGGCCGCGCUGCUGCCUGGGCGCGGCGGCGGCGACGGCGCCCUGUUGAAUGGGCUGUGAGGGCCCAGGUUUGAAGCUCUGGCGAACGCGGCCUCCGGGGGCGCAAGGCAGCAGCAGCGGUGGCGACCAAACGGGUGUUGGAGUUGGCGGCGGCCAUGGAGGGCCUGGCUGGCUAUGUAUACAAGGCGGCCAGCGAGGGCAAGGUGCUGACCCUGGCCGCCUUGCUUCUCAACCGGUCUGAAAGCGACAUCCGCUAUCUGCUGGGCUAUGUCAGCCAGCAGGGAGGCCAGCGCUCCACGCCCCUCAUCAUCGCAGCCCGCAAUGGGCACGCCAAGGUGGUGCGCUUGCUGUUAGAACAUUAUCGGGUGCAGACUCAGCAGACCGGCACCGUCCGCUUCGACGGGUAUGUCAUUGACGGUGCCACCGCUCUUUGGUGUGCAGCAGGAGCGGGACAUUUUGAAGUUGUUAAACUUCUCGUCAGCCAUGGAGCCAACGUGAACCACACCACAGUAACUAACUCGACCCCCCUGCGGGCAGCGUGCUUUGAUGGCAGACUGGACAUUGUGAAAUACUUGGUUGAAAAUAAUGCCAACAUCAGCAUCGCCAACAAAUAUGACAACACCUGCCUGAUGAUUGCAGCAUAUAAGGGACACACAGACGUGGUCAGAUACCUUUUAGAGCAGCGAGCUGAUCCCAAUGCUAAAGCCCAUUGCGGAGCCACAGCCCUGCACUUCGCAGCUGAAGCCGGGCACAUAGACAUUGUGAAAGAGCUGAUAAAAUGGCGUGCUGCUAUCGUAGUGAACGGCCACGGGAUGACGCCCUUAAAAGUAGCUGCUGAAAGCUGUAAAGCUGAUGUCGUCGAACUGUUGCUCUCUCACGCUGAUUGUGACCGAAGAAGUCGGAUUGAAGCUUUGGAACUCUUGGGUGCCUCCUUUGCAAAUGACCGCGAGAACUAUGACAUCAUGAAGACGUACCACUAUUUAUAUUUAGCCAUGUUGGAGAGGUUUCAAGAUGGCGAUAACAUUCUGGAGAAAGAGGUUCUCCCACCAAUCCACGCUUAUGGGAAUAGAACUGAAUGUAGGAAUCCUCAGGAACUGGAAUCCAUUCGGCAAGACAGAGAUGCUCUUCAUAUGGAAGGCCUUAUCGUUCGGGAACGGAUUUUAGGUGCUGACAAUAUUGAUGUUUCCCAUCCCAUCAUCUACAGGGGAGCCGUUUAUGCGGAUAACAUGGAAUUCGAACAGUGCAUCAAGUUGUGGCUGCAUGCCCUGCACCUGAGACAGAAAGGUAACAGGAAUACCCACAAGGAUCUUCUUCGCUUUGCUCAAGUUUUCUCACAGAUGAUACAUUUGAAUGAAACUGUGAAGGCCCCAGACAUAGAGUGUGUUUUGAGAUGCAGUGUUUUGGAAAUAGAACAGAGUAUGAACAGAGUAAAAAAUAUUCCAGAUGCUGAUGUCCACAACGCCAUGGACAAUUAUGAAUGUAACCUCUAUACGUUUCUGUAUUUAGUGUGCAUCUCCACCAAAACACAGUGCAGUGAGGAAGAUCAGUGCAAAAUUAACAAGCAGAUCUACAACCUGAUUCACCUUGACCCCAGAACUCGGGAAGGGUUCACCUUGCUGCAUCUUGCUGUCAACUCGAACACCCCGGUUGAUGAUUUCCACACCAACGACGUCUGCAGCUUUCCAAAUGCACUCGUCACAAAGCUGCUGCUGGACUGUGGCGCUGAGGUGAAUGCCGUAGACAACGAGGGGAACAGUGCCCUUCACAUCAUCGUUCAGUACAACAGGCCCAUCAGCGAUUUCUUAACCUUGCACUCUAUCAUCAUCAGCCUGGUCGAAGCUGGCGCUCACACCGACAUGACAAAUAAGCAGAAUAAGACUCCGCUAGACAAAAGUACCACUGGGGUGUCUGAAAUACUACUUAAAACUCAAAUGAAGUUGAGUCUCAAGUGCCUGGCUGCCCGAGCAGUUCGGGCUAAUGACAUUAACUACCAAGACCAGAUCCCCAGAACUCUUGAAGAGUUUGUUGGAUUUCAUUAAGUGACUGGAUAUGUAAAAUCGUUUAAUGUGGUGCUAAAAAGUAAAGGACUUUAAUCACAGACAAUAGAAUUAUGUGUUCAUAAAUUCUCCUUUUCUUUCCACUACCCUGCCUCCCUACCUAACCUUCCUUAGUUCUGUAUUGGGUCUUUUUGCCUCAUAACGGUUAUUGAUUUCAAAUACACUUUAAACAAAGCCACAUGGUUUAGGUGUAAACUCUAAUCUAAGGUAUCUGGAUAUUGGUCACUUAACUUUUUCUUUUUUUCUUCGUUUGUGUCUUUUUCUUUCUUAUCGAAGUAUAAUUGAGAAACAUCAGUUUCAGGUGUACAACGUGAUUCAACGUUUGUAUUUUUUUUUUAAGGAAUGAGUAUAAAAUAUUUUGUUUAUGUAACAAGGGACAUUUAUGAUUUGAAGUUGAUAAUGUUUUAAAAAACUGCCUACAAAAGUAUUUCUGUUAAGCCUGUGUCAGCGUGUUAUCCUUGCAGCAGUUUUGAGGAUCUCAUGAAGAAAAACAACUAAAAAGGACCAUUAAAAGUAACGGGAUACCCAGGUGUUCCACACGUGCCAAACUGCUGUGGGUAGUGUUCACUCUUCCAAGAUUUAUGUGGAGUGAUACAACACAUUAUAACAUCAGGAGGAUUUCAAAAAAUAUGGCUGCAGAUUAAUCUGAAAAUGUGCUAAUUUAAUAAUAGUUACACAUUUAUAAAGUUAAAUCCAUUGAAAUUGUUGCAUUAUGCUGGGUGGUAUAUACAAAGUAGUAGUAAUCUUAAAGCGAUUUUUCAGAGAAUCCUGAUGGACUACUUGCCUUUAGGCUUAAAUUCUAAAAUUCUUUGAAGUCUCUGUUUCAAUGUAAUUUCUCUAAAUUGCAGCAGUCUGCAUUUGACUCAACUCACAGACAUGUAAAAAUUAUGAAUGCUGUGUUUUCUUAUGAAACAAAUUGUUAUAAUAUAGUUAUGCAUUCUAUUUUUGUCCCUUUCUCCCUUUCCUCCUGUGUGGUCUCUUUUAAAAUUUGGAAACUGCUUUUCCAGAGGGCAUUGUUUGUGCCCCCCGAAUAAGGUGUUUAUGACGGAUGAAAAGGAACCCAGGAUGUUGUAAUUUUUUCGCUUUCUUUACUUUGUCCCUUAUAAGUAGAAAAAUCACUAGUGUGGUAUAGGAAAUCAGAUGGUUUUGAUGAUAAAAAUAAUUCGCAAUGCUCCUUUGAAAGGUGUUUCUGUGAGAGCUGCAAGUUUUUCAGCCACAAAAUGUCACGGAUUCUGAUAGGCUUUGCAGAGGUCUCUGUGUUUUUUCUGUUCUGUUGUAAUGGCAGCAUUUUAACUGUCAGACUAAAAGUAUUCUGUGAUUAUCUUUUAAGCAUCACAGAAAUUCAAGCAAAGGGUACACACCUAUCGAUGUUAAAAAUGAUAAAAUAAAAUUAGCUAUAUCGGUAUUUUUCUCUCUAGUGCCAAACGAAUGCCUUAGCUGCUCGUAGUGCAUGGUGCUGUAAGUGAGGACCUGCAGCUUGUUCUUCUUCAAUGAAAAGCAUUAUGAUUAUGUAGUAACAUCAGAUAGAAACUAAAAAAACAGACACAAGCCCCCUGCCCCCAAACGCGUCUGGUUUCAGUGGUCAUUUUAUGUACGCGUAUUGUUCCGUGAAGUACAAGAGAAGGAUUGCAGUCAGAUCGGUAGAAGAUCUAAUGACCAAGCCAAAAUUAGCACCUAGGGCCUUAAAUAAAAUAGCUACCCCACGAAAUGAAAUCAUUCGAAGGGUGGGAAGGAAUGGCAGGUGGGAAGCUUAAAAACUUGUCCCCCCGAGAACGCAAGAUACUUUGACGGAUACGGUAGUUACUCUUCGUGUUCUUCUUGCUUCAGCUAGGAAUGUUUUGAUGGUAAAUUCUGUCAUGGUAAUAUAUUUCUGUUUUUCUAACCGGAGGUGUUUACAAGGAGGGUUUUUAGGGUGGUUUAAAGGGAGGCAUUUGAAUGAGCCCUAAUUCGAAAAUUACCGGCCUCGCUCCUCCUGGUAUGAAUCUAGGAAACACUGUACCUUGCUCUUGGCAACUCUCAUGGCCUGAAAGAGAAAAUGCAUGGCCUCAAGGUGAGUGAAUCCCGCCUUUUCCACAGCUUAGAUCAGACCCUGUGUUUUUCAGACUUCAAGGCCUGCUUCUUUGAUCGUUUGAGGAGUGGCUAAGGUACUUGGUAUUCAGUUGGUUCCAUUAUUAAUGUGUAUGAUUUUUCAACACCAGAACUUAAAAUAUCAGAUAAUGUUGCAUGUUUUAAAAACCAUUUCAUCCCUUUGGCUACCCAGGACCAGCGCUAUUUUAGAUAUUGCUUAUUUAUAAAAUGAAGAUAAUGAUUACAUGUACAUAUUGAGACAUCAAAAUUUCAUGACAGUGUUUUUGAGAAGGGAUGAAUGCUGGAGAAAGUAGAACUGCUGAUUGAAAUGCUGACAGAGUUGGAGAAAGAAUUUGAAGACAGUGGAAUAAACUAUGAACUCUGCUAAUGGUAACACAUUUUUUUACUAUAGUAUAGUAGUACAUUGUGCUAAGGUUCUAAUUUUGUCUUGUAAAAUAAAUCCAAGUGUGUAUUGUGAAACAUCUGUAUAAAACCAUUCUUGAAACCAGUGA